AUGCUGCCCUCUCUCCCGAGGUGGAAAUUGAAUAAAGUCAAGCAUUGUUGUAACAACAUUAAUGACAGUGACGACCAGGACGACCCAAUCUUCAAUUCCAAAGAAUGCUACGCUUGCACUCAGGUUGGAGUUCCAGUUUUCCACUCCACCCGCUGCGACCCGAACCACCAACCUCAACUCCUGUGGGAGCGCACCGCCGGGUCUUCCAUGACCCUACUCCCCACCUCGACGGACCUCAAAUGCCGCCCUCGCGCCAUCGACCCACGUAGCAGCAGCGUCAAAAGGUGGAACCGCAUCGUGCUCAUGGCACGCGGCCUGUCCAUCGCCGUUGAUCCUCUUUUUUUUUACGUCCUGGCGCUGAGCCAGAGUGGGGCUCCCUGCUUUUACAUGGACGUGGCGCUUGCCCUCGUCGUCACCGUCGUUCGCACGUGCUUGGACGCGUUGCACAUGGCCCACAUCUUGCUUCAGUUCAAGUUGGCUUACGUGUCGAGCGAGUCGAUGGUGAUUGGGUGCGGGAAACUCGUGUGGGACUCACGUGAUAUUUCUCUUCAUUACAUGCGGUCCCUCAGGGGCUUUUGGCUCGAUGCCUUUGUAAUUCUACCGAUUCCUCAGACCGUAAUUUGGUUAAUUGUGCCAAGGUUGCUUAGAGAGGAAAAGACUAGACUGAUAAUGACGACCCUCUUACUAACCUUCCUGUUUCAAUUCAUCCCCAAGCUCUACCACAGCGUUUACUUGGCCAAAAGAUUCAAGAAGGUCACAGGCUACAUAUUUGCAUACGGCAACAUUUGGUGGCGUUUUAAGCUCAACGUCAUUGCCUACUUAACCGCCUCUCACAUUGCAGGAGGGUGUUGGCAUGUGCUUGCAACACAGCGUGUAAUGUCAUGUCUCCAGCAACAGUGUGAAGCAAGUAGAAACUGUAACCUCUCUAUCUACUGCUCAAAACAAGUUUUUUCAGCUGGAAAGCUCUCUGGUGGCAAUGCAUUCACAAAGAUAACGACAAUGUGCUUGGAUGAAGAUACUACAUUUGGGUAUGGAAUUUAUAAACCCCUACUCGUGGUCUAUGCUGGCAACACACUCGCCGUUCGGAUCCUUUACCCCAUAUAUUGGGGUUUAAUUAACCUCGGCUCCUUUGCCAACAACCUUAUCCCUACAAGUGACUGGCUUGAACUCAUAUUCUCUUGCUGUGUAACGCUUGUGGGCUUGGGUCUCUUCAUUACAUUGCUUGGAAAUAUCCAGAUAUUUCUGCAUUCGGUGAUGGAAAAUAAGAAGAAAAUGCAGUUGAAAUAUCGAGACAUGGAAUGUUGGAUGAAGCGAAGACAGUUGCCAUCUCAUUUGAGGAAGAGAGUUCGCCAUUUUCAACGUUGCAGUUGGGCAGCCAUGCAAGGGCUAGAUGAGCUUGAGUUGAUCCAGCAUUUCCCCGAUGGCCUCCGCAGGGACAUCAAGCGUUACCUUUGCCUAGAUCUUGUCAAGCAGGUACCGUUAUUUCAUAAGUUAGAAGAUGUUAUUCUUGACAACAUCUGUGAUCUUGUACGGCCAAUUAUCUACUCCAAGGGUGAAAAGUUGAUUAGAGAAGGAGACCCCGUACAAAGAAUGAUGUUCAUAGUUCGUGGACGCAUAAAACGCAGUCAAGGCCUCAGCAAAGGGUUCCUAGCCACCAGUGUGCUUGAACCCGGCAGUUUCUUUGGUGACGAGCUUCUCUCGUGGUGCCUUCGCCGCCCAUUUAGAGGUCGACUUCCUCCCUCUUCAGCAACAUUUACUUGCAUGGAAUCAAUUGAGGCAUUUGGUUUGGAUGCAAAUUGUCUUCACUACAUCAUCGAUCAUUUUCGUUACAAAUUUUCGAAUGAAGGGCUCAGACGUACAGCGAGGUAUUACUCGUCGAAUUGGAGAACGUGGGGGGCUGUGAUCAUACAACUUGCUUGGCAUCGUCAUAGAAUGAGGACUAAGGAUGUGAUAAUGGUGCAAAGUGGGGACAUUGAGAAUCGGCUUCGGCUAUAUGCUGCUUUCUUUUUGUCGCUAAAGCCACAUGACCAUCUUGACUAG